GACAUGAAUCUUCAACUUGAUUCAAAUGCCCAAGCCCUAAGAGGCCUAUAUAACCCUCCCUGUAUUUCCAUGCUCCAUAAACCUCACAUUUCAUACUCACCAAAUCCUCAGGCUUCACACAGAGAGAGAGAGAUGGCUUUGAAGGUGGAGCAAGCUCUUCACAUGGUUGGGGGUGCCGGUGAAACUAGCUACGCCACCAACUCGAGGCUCCAAGAGAAGGCAAUCUAUCGAACGAAGCCUGUGUUGGCGACGACCAUCCAAGAAAUGUAUAAGGGAUUGCUCCCUGAGCAUAUGGUCGUUGUUGAUCUCGGUUGCUCUUCUGGUUCCAACACAUUCGUUGUGGUCUCCCAGGUACUCAACAUCAUUGUUGAACUCCGUCGUAUGAUGGGGAUGAAGAAGCCAUUGGAGGUGCAAUUCUUCUUGAACGACCUCCCAGGGAAUGACUUCAACUAUGUCUUCCAAUCUCUAGAUGAGUUCAAGAAGAAAGUGGAGGAGGAGACUAAGAGGGAGUUGUUGGUGCCGUAUUAUGUGGUCGGAGUGCCAGGAUCAUUCUACGGGAGGCUUUUCCCUUGCGCGAGUGUCCAUUUCUUUCAUUCUUCCUAUUGUCUAAUGUGGCUCUCACAGGUCCCUGAAGAACUAGAGAACCAGCAAGGUGUUUCACUAAAUAAAGGGAAUAUCUACUGGACAGAAACAAGUCCGCUGCAAGUAGAAAAAGCAUAUCGAGAGCAAUAUAAGAAAGACUUUUCGACAUUUCUUAGGUUAAGACACACAGAAUUAAACACUGGAGGUGGAAUGUUGUUGACAUUUCUAGGAAGAAGAAAGAGAACCCCUGGCCAUGGUGAUUUAUGUCAUCUUUGGAGACUACUUGCAGAAGCUCUUAAUUCGAUGGUUUUAGAGGAAAUCAUACCAGAAGAAAAGGUUAACACCUUCCAUUUGCCAAUUUACGGGCCUUCCCUUGAAGAGGUGAUGUCUAUAAUCCAUCAAGAAGGAUUAUUCGAUUUAGAUGGAGUAGAGAUCUUUGAAUCUAGUUGGGACCCAUUUGACGAUUCAGAAGAUGAUUCUUUGGAUCUAUCAAACUAUACAAAAAGUGCGAAAAAUGUGGCGGAUUGCAUUCGCGCUGUGGUCCAACCCUUGAUUGUGCAUCAAUUUGGAGAAGCCAUACUUGAUGAUUUAUUCACACUAUACGCGCAAAAUGUUCUGAAGCACCUUCUCAAGGAGAAAGCCAAUCACACUAUUUUAGUCAUUGCCUUGAAGAAAACAGUGUGAAAAUCAGCAAGGAAAAUUGAGAAUAAAUGUUCUCAAAUUAGUUCUCAUGUGAAUGAGUGAAUCUUUCUCAUUUCCUUGCCAAACAGAAUCUUUCCCAUCCUAAAAACCAGGCAUUAGAUUUGAUCAAAUUUUAGCCUCAUAUAUAUCUGAAAAUUUUAAAGCUGAUGUGUACUAAAUUGAAAC